UUUACAAACCUUUGGGCACUCAUCAUGGACGCAGGAACUGGUUUCUGUUCUCAGGUUUAUGAGCUCUCACCAGUUUUCCUCCACAAGGACUGGAUAAUGGAGCAGUGGGAGAAAAGCUACUACAUAACGGCAAUUACUGGAUCAUCCAACGGGAGCUCAUUGGUUGUCAUGUCCAAAGGAACUCCUUACACCCAGCAAUCAUACAAGGUUAGUGAGUCGUUUCCUUACAAGUGGAUCAAUAAGAAGUGGAAAGAAGGGUUCCAUGUGACAUCCAUGGCCACCGCUGGGAAUCGCUGGGGCGUAGUCAUGUCAAGGAAUUCAGGGUUCUCUACUCAGGUUGUAGAGUUGGAUUUCCUGUACCCCAACGAAGGCAUCCACCGACGCUGGGAGAGCGGCUACAGGAUAACUUCCACGGCGGCCACCAACAACCAAGCCGCUUUCAUCCUGAGCAUGCCAAAGCGGAAGCCGAUGGACGAGACCCAGGAAACGCUCCGGACCUCCGCCUUCCCCAGCUCACACGUCAAGGAGAAAUGGGCCAAGAACCUCUACAUCGCUUAG